AUGUCCUUGGAAAAGAAAAUCUUGAAUUUUUUGAAGGGACCCAAGAAGGGUGAAACCUUCGAGCUAAAGGCCGGCCUUGUUUCACAAUACAAACAUGAAAGAAAGGACGCCAUCCAGCGCGUGAUUCAGGCCAUGACUGUUGGAAAGGAUGUUUCAUCCCUCUUCCCGGAUGUCCUCAAGAAUAUCGCAACUUAUGACCUCGAGCAAAAGAAGCUUGUCUACUUGUACAUGAUGAAUUACGCUAAAACACAUCCCGAAUUAUGUAUCUUGGCUGUGAACACGUUCGUUCAAGAUACCGAGGACACCAAUCCACUCGUGAGGGCUCUUGCUAUCCGUACAAUGGGUUGCAUCCGUGUGGAGAAAAUGGUUGACUACAUGGAAAUUCCAUUAAGAAGGACCUUACUGGAUGAUAACCCCUACGUGCGAAAGACAGCCGCCAUCUGUGUUGCUAAACUUUUCGACCUCAAUUCGGAAAUGUGCGUUGAAUUUGGCUUUUUGGACGACCUCAAGAAGUUAUUGAUGGAUUCAAACCCCAUGGUGGUAGCAAACGCUUUAAGUGCAUUGUAUGAAAUUAGAGAUAUGAACAAAGAUAGUUCAUUGGAGGUUUUGGUGAUCGACCAUCAGCUCAUAAAAACAUUGAUGGCUUGUUUGAACGAAUGCACUGAGUGGGGUAGAAUCACGAUCUUGGGAUGUUUGGCAGAAUAUUCCACCGAUGAUCAAGAGGAAACCCUUCAUAUUAUCGAGAGGUGUAUCCCGCAAUUGCAACAUGUUAACCCCUCAGUCGUGCUUUCUUCUAUAAAAGUUGUUAUUCAUCACUUGGACAAUUUACCAAAUCAAGCGACUAAAACCAGUUUCUUGAGGAAGCUCUCCGCUCCAUUGGUUUCCUUGGUAUCCCUGUCUAUUCCAGAGGCUCAAUAUGUGGGGUUGAAGAAUAUCAGAAUCAUUUUGGAAAAAUACCCUCAAGUGCUCACGAAAGAGGUGAGAGUCUUUUUCAUAAAAUACUCGGACCCCUUAUACUUGAAGCUAGAAAAGCUAGAAAUUGUCAUUAGAUUGGCAAAUGAUUCCAACAGCGCUCUCCUUUUAAGCGAACUUAAAGAGUAUGCGAUGGAAAUCGAACCAGCUCUUGUUGCAAAAUCCAUUCAGGCAAUUGGAGCGGUGGCUAUCAAGCUUUCCUCGAGCGUUAUUCAGGCAUCAAAUCUCUUGAUAUCCUUGAUGGAGCAGAGAGGAGGCGAAUUAGUAAUCAACGAAGCUGUUGGAGUCUUGACACAAAUCUUAAGACGCUACCCAGGAAAGAAUGAUUUGAUUACUUUGAUAGUUCCUGUUAUCUCAAAUCACAUAGAUGAGCUCUCUGACCCUCAAGCUCUCGCAGGGUAUGUUUGGUUGCUUGGAGAGUAUCCAAAAUACUUCACGAAUCUCAAAUCCAAGUUACAGGAUCUUGUCGACGGCUUCCUUGAGCAUGAAUCACUUCUCCAGCUCAACAUCUUGACAUCAGUUGUCAAGAUUAACUUGGUACUUCCAUCUGCGGGUUGUUCACAGCUACUUCAAACUGUUCUUGAAAAUGCUACUAAGGAUUGUGAAAAUGCGGACGUCAGGGAUAAAGCGUACAUUUAUUGGCGUCUUCUUUCCACCUCAUCUAGCGAAGCUCAGCAACAAAUCAUUGCAUCCAAGCUUCCACCCAUCAAAACAACAAUUUCUUCCUUCAACCCUAUUGUUUUAGAUGCUUUGAUUCAAGAGUUAUCUACGCUUUCAUCGGUAUAUCACAAGCCCGCAUCAACGUUUAUUGAUGCGCAAGCAUAUGCCACUCAUGAAAACCAACAAUCAAACAAAAGACUGGGAAGAAAAUCUGACUUGUCCGACUUAACCACUAGGGCUAAGCAAGAAAUCAUCAACAACGCCCGUAACGAGAAUUUGCUUGACCUUGAUGAUGACGACCAGGCUCCUUCAUCUAACCCUGAGGGUGCAAACUCGUUAUUAGAUGAGCUCAAUGAUUUGUUCAGCGUACCAGCCAAUAAUACUGACUUGAACAACCACUCGGAUGGAUCUCAAGUUAAGAGUUCGACAAACGAUAUAUUGAGCCUUUUUGGAAACCCUUCCUCACAGCACGAGGACGAUGGGAUCCAUAAAAUAAGAGACUUGAACCUCAACCCAAGUGGUUCGAGCAACCUUGGAAGCGGAACCACCCAGCAAACAAAAAACACCAGCACAAAUGCUGAUCUUUUGGACCUAUUUUAG